AUGGCUUGGAAGUCAAGGACCCGCAGCCUGCAAGUGUUUGACACAGAGUUGAGUGCUGACACCGUCGAAUGGUGCCCCGUGCCUCACCGCCACGGAUUCCUGGUCUGCGGGACUUACCAGCUCCAAAAAGGGAAAGGGGAAGAAGAUGGUGCCCCCACCCGUACUGGCCGUUUAUACCUUUUUGAAUAUCAACACAAAGGUUUGACGAGUCCCCCUCUCACUGAGCUUCAACAUAUGGACACAGCUGCCAUUUUAGAUUUGAAAUGGUGUCAUGUGCCUAUAUCAGGAAUGGUCGUGCUGGGGCUGGCAGCUGCCACUGGAGAGCUGCAGUUGUAUACACUGUCAGACUGCCAGGAAGGCGGCAGCAAUCUGCAGGCUCUGAGCAGCGUGGAGCUGGGAGGAGAUCAGUUGGCUUUGUCCUUAGAUUGGUCAACUGGAAGAUUGGACAGCAGUGAUGUACGGGUGGUGUGCAGCGACUCUGCAGGUCGUGUUAGUGUGCUCUCUUUGGAUGACGGUGCCCUGACAACUUUGUCACAGUGGAAGGCACAUGACUUCGAGGCAUGGAUAUCAGCCUUCUCCUAUUGGGACACACAGUUGGUUUACUCAGGUGGAGAUGACUGUAAACUCAAAGGUUGGGACCUCAGGAUCAGUCCAUCCAGCCCUACAUUCAUCAGUAAAAGGCAUUCAAUGGGUGUGUGCAGCAUUCACAGCAACCCACAUCGGGAACAUAUCCUGGCUACAGGAAGCUAUGAUGAGACUGUUCUGCUGUGGGAUGGAAGAAAUAUGCGGCAGCCUUUUAGUGAGAGUUUGCUCGGUGGUGGGGUGUGGAGGCUGAAGUGGCAUCCGACUCAUGAGCAUCUGCUGCUGGCAGCAUGCAUGCACAAUGACUUCCACAUACUUCACUGUCAACAGACUAUGGAGUCUAACAAAGGAGCCUGUCCAGUUGUAGCCUCGUACAUUCUCCACAACUCUCUGGCAUAUGGGGCGGACUGGUCUCGAUUGUCCCUGGAGGAACCUGCUCCUCUCUCCCCCCCUGCUACAGAAGCAAAAGAACUUCACACAGAUAGCGGAGGACACUUGAGGAUCCAGUAUGAAUCUCCCACUGCCAGCUUUGACACUUCCCUAGAGGAUGACUGUGGGCAAUACAUCCCAGAGGGCAUCACUCCACCAUCCACCAGCUCUAAUGCAGGCAACACCUUCACACCUGAUGAUGCUUCCUCAUUGUCAUUUCUUCUUGCAACUUGCUCGUUUUAUGAUCAUAUGCUUCACUUGUGGCGGUGGGACUGGGCACCAGUUGAGGCACAGGUAGCGACAAAUACAUGUUGA